AAGCAAUGUUGAUGAUCGUUCCGUUUUCUGGUUUCUGCGAUAACAACAGUCGAUGGCUUCUAUUCAAUAAACGAUUUAUUAUUGUGAUUAAAACUUCAGUAAAUAACAAUUUUUCAAGUUAAUCUGGAUUUUAAUAACUGUUCUAUCUUAAUCAAAACGCCAUUAAAACUUCAACGUGUGUUUAUCGGUUAAUCGUUGAUUACGGUAAUACAUAUGGACGUAAUGAUCUGCACUAAUCACUGUCUAUGUCUUGACGAUCUAUACUAUUCUCUUCAUAACUAAUACACGGGCAGAGGAAACGUGUUAAGUCCUCCAGGAUUUUUGUCAUUGUUUACGAUAAAUCUUCAAUACAGAUUGAUUCCUAUGUAGGAAAUCUACAACAAAAACUUAUAUAUUCAUCUUACGUAUUGUUUUAACAAGAGAGCUAGGAAAUUGAAAUAUUCUGAUGGCGGGUCAGUUCUCAGAAGAAACGAUUAGUGACUGGCGAGAGUCGUUUUCAUUGUUCGACAAGAACAGAGACGGCGUAAUAUGCUGUAGGGAAUUGGGAGGUGUAAUGAGGUCAAUAGGUCAGACACCAACAGAUGAUGACGUUCAGAAAAUGAUUACAGACGCAGACAAGGACGGGAAUGGUACAGUCGAUUUUGAUGAAUUUGUAGCAAUGAUGUCUCGUUACUAUUCGACUAUGGAUCCCGAGAAAGAAAUGAGAGACGCAUUCCGAGUAUUCGAUAAGGAUGGUAAUGGUUAUAUCAGUAAAUCAGAAUUGAAGUCAGUUAUGCACAGUUUAGGUGAAAAACUAAAUGACCAAGAAAUUGAGGAAAUGAUCCGUGCUGCUGACGCUGAUAAAGAUGGUGCAAUAAAUUAUUCAGAAUUCGUCAAAAUGGUAUGUCAAACGAAGUGAUGUUAAAUGGCAAAUUCUCUAAACUGUAACAUAUCUUACAUAUACUUAUCAUUCCCAAAGAACGACAAAAGUUUCCGAUCAAGACACCAUCUACCUAGCAAGAUAUCACCACCAUUAUGACCAGUAAUUGGAACUAAUAACUACAUAGAAAACUGAUAUCCUUGUUCAGUGACAGUGACAUUACUUAAUCUUUAUUGAAUGUUGUCAUGUUUAUUUGUUGCGAGAAAUGUAUAUUGAAUGUAUGCCAACUUCCUUUUACAAUAAAGUCAAGGCUUGAACAUA